AUGAUUAAGAACCUAGAAGAAUUAUUAGGAAAGGAAAAUAUUGAAAAAAUUGAAGAAAAGGAUUGGAAACCAGUUUAUAUAGAGGAAGGAAGUUAUGUUCUUAUCAAUUUUAGUUCUCCGCGAGAAAAAAUUAAACAACUUGAAAAAGAACUAAUAAAAUUAAAAUCUUCGAGAAAAAUGCUGAAUAAAGUUAAAUUAACUGGUAAAGUAAUAUCACUAAAAAUAAAAGAAAGAAUAGAGGAUAAGGAGUUAAAGAUUUAUUUUAGUUUGGAGGUUCCUAACCCUAACAAUGCCACAACUAUUUUACGUUGUGUUUCCCAAGGAGAAAUUGCCGAAAGGAUAGAAAAAGAACUCCAAAAAGAGGAUAUAAUUGAAGUUCGUGGUUAUUUACGCAACGAAAGAAAUUAUUCAACUGUCUCCGAUGGAGAAAAAAACCGACAAAUAUUAACUAAAAUAACUGAUUUUGUUAAAUUAGAUAUCAAAUUUGAGGAAAUUGAUAAGAAAAAUUCCAACCAAGUGCGAUUAAUUGGAAAAAUAAUUACCGAUUUCAAAGACCCCGACGAAAAAAGAAAUCCAGAAUUGUUAACCUUUAAAAUUGAAGUUCCACGGGAAAGAAAUCCCUCUCCGUUGUUCUUUUGUCGUGCCCAAGGAGAAUUAGUGGCUGAUUUUAACCAGCAUUUAAGCAAAGGAGAUAUUAUUUUCCUUGAAGGAUUUUUACAAGCCAAAAAAAUAUAUAUUGAUUACAAAGAUACUGACACUUUACGUAAAUUCAUUAAUCGACAAGGAAGAAUUGUUCGCCGCACUUACACCCAAUUAACUACUAAAACCCAACGACAAGUAACUAAAAGUAUCAAAAGGGCUCGGCAAAUGGCUCUCUUGCCUUAUUCAAUAGUCGAACAAAGCGAACCAAUUUAUACUAGUUCCCGCGGGCAAAGUUCGGGACACACCAAAGGUGUUUAUGGUGGGAAAAGUUUUUUUGGAAGUUCGCAAGUCGGAGCCUACGGAGGGCAUUAUAGCGGUAGUAAUUCCUCCGAAAGAGGAAUAUUGUUGGCUGUUAUUGCGGCAGUUUCAAGUAGUUUAAAAAUUCCGGCUAUCGCUCCCAUAAUUUUAGUAACAAUUAUUUCUCUAACCGGACUUAUAGGCACUCUUUUUCCUACUUGGGGUAAGAAGUUUGAAGUAAAAGAGUUUGCCAAAGGAUUUGUGCUUAACUAUUUCUUGCAUCCUAAGAAUAAGAAAAAAGAAGUUUUGUUAGCCAAUCAAAAAAAUUUGGAGUGGUUAAAAGAGCAAAAAAUAAAGUUAGAGCAAGAAGAAUUAUUGUUAGAACAAAAAUCCCAAGAAUUAUAUCAGCGAAUUAACAAUUUUUCCCUUUCGUUUGACCUAAAAAAGAACGAAAAAGGCAACCCAUUUGGUUCAGUUAGUUCAAAAGAGAUUUUGCAGGAAUUAGAAAAGCAUAAUUUUAAGUUAGAGAAAAAUCAGUUAUCAGAUUUUCGCCCUUUUCAUGAAUUAGGAGAAAAGGUUGUUAAAAUAGAAAAUUAUAUGAAUAAAACCGAAACUGCUAAACUUAACAAUUUUGAGAUUAAAAAACAAAUGGAUAAAUGA